UUUGACCUAAUCAUUAUUGGGAGGAUCGUAGGCAGAGUGCGGCAAGAUACCACUGUUACAUUUAUAAAAUUGUGUGUACAGCAACCAAUGGACAACUUGACAUUCACAAACAGUAUUCUCCUCGUGGAGGGACUGAAAGUUACACCUCAGUCAUCUCAGCCUGUUUUCAUCCUCCUUCUCUUGGUUUAUAUCUUUACAAUGGUAUCAAACAUUGGACUUAUAUAUCUGAUCUCAACAGAGAAGAAUUUGCAUGACCCAAUGCAUUUUCUGUUCUGUAACUUGCCACUGAAUGAUAUACUAGGGACCACUGUCAUUAUGCCACGCUUGCUGCAGGACAUUUUAAGGGAAACCUCAGAGCGCUAUAUAUCAUAUGCAGAGUGUGUUAUUCAAGCUUAUUUUGUGCAUGUAUUUACAGCAGCAUGCCACUAUGUGCUGAUGAUCAUGGCCUUUGACAGAUAUGUGGCUAUAUGUAAUCCAUUGCGAUACAAUACUAUAAUGACCAAUAAAAUGGUUAUUAAACUAUCAGCAUUUGCUUGGGGCCUGGCCAUACUUUUAGUGACAAUUAUGAUAGGACUUACUUUGCGUCUGUCUCACUGUAGGUAUAAAAUUGAAAACCCUUUCUGUGACAAUGCCUCACUAUUUAAACUGUCAUGUGAAAAUGUAAGUAUUAAUAAUGUUUUUGGAGUUGUUUAUACCAUAAUUGUAGCCUGCCUGUCAGCAGUUUCUAUAUUUAUAACAUAUGUCAAAAUUGCUACUCUAUGUAUAAGAAGCAAAAACAAAGCACUCAAUAGCAAAGCCAUAAAAACCUGCAGCACUCAUUUAACUGUUUAUUUAAUCAUGCUUGUUUCUGGAGUCACUUUUAUUUUACUUCAUCGUUUUCCUGAAUACUCUGAUAGCAGGAAACUAGCAAGCAUAAUGUUUCACAUUGUACCACCAGGAUUAAAUCCCUUAGUAUAUGGUUUACAAACCAAAGAGAUAAGACAAAAGAUUGUAAAAAACUGGUGGAGAAAAAAGUGAAUUCUUCAAUGGAUUAUAUAUAUUCAUAACAUAGUUAAUAUUAUUUUAAAGGAUUUUUUGUAUGUGAAAUUAAUAUUUUAAUAAUAUUUAACUAAUAAUAACUGUAACACUGCAAACACUGUAACUUUGUUCUGUACUCAAAUCCUUUUCAGUAUUUAUCAGGUGUUUGUAUGAGAAUUGUUGACUUAAAAUGUAAACUAAUUUAAAUUAAGUUGU